AUGUGUAGGCCCCAAGCCGGCUUGAAAAAGUCUCCUAUCCUCUCCAAAAUUCCUCUUCCUACUCAUGAGAACAUUUACACCGUUCCCAAUAUCCUCACAUUCUCUCGUCUACUUGCGGCUCCCUUGGUAGGCUACUUUCUCGUUCAUGAUCAUCACGCAGCUGCGCUAUCAUUAUUUGUCUAUGCUGGCCUCACAGAUCUUGUGGACGGCUAUAUUGCCCGACGUUAUAACCUGCAAACUGUCGUUGGUACCAUUAUCGAUCCAAUGGCCGAUAAACUGUUGAUGACGAUUGGUGUUGCUUGCUUGGCUAUCAAUGGUUCUAUUCCUGUAUGGCUUGCGGUAAUCAUUCUCGGUCGCGAUGUUGGUCUUGCGUUGUCCGCAAUCUACUACCGCUGGAUAUCUCUCCCCCCGCCAAAGACGAUGGCACGGUACUGGGAUUUCUCCCUUCCCUCCGCAGAGGUCAAGCCAACGGGUAUCUCCAAAGUCAACACAGCUUUGCAGCUUGUGCUUGUGGGCUCUGCGAUCGCAUUGCCUGUCAUUCCAGAGGCAGUCCUCGAUGCAUGGAGUCUCCGGGAAGGAAUGACGGCGUUUCACACGUACGACCAUAGGGUGUGGAAAACAGGGCUUCCCGUCCGCUCAGCCGUACUUAAGCCACACGCCGGCCGGUUAGUAGUUGGGUACCUCGUUGCAGCCACUACAAUCUGGUCUGGGCUCAGCUACGUCUUUUCCAAAGACGCAGUAAAGAUCCUCACUAAGGAGGAAGUACAGAAACGCAUUGCAAGAGCCAGCGGGAAGAAGUCCUCGUGA